CUUUUCCCAAACACGUGAUGUAAACAAACCUUAAACCUUCGCUUUAGGCAAACAGUAGAAAGUUAAUCGGUUGUCUGAAAGUCGUUAAUUAAACACUUAGGAUAAAGUCCCAAUUUGUAAGUGAUGAGACUUUUCUCUAGAAUUAUUUAAGGUUAUCGAUUUGGUUAUCGAUAUACCUGCUUGCCAUGGCCAGCCCGACAAUCGAAUCCCUUUGUUGCAUAACCACCAACAAUGCAUUCAGCAAAGAUUUCCUUCAAGACUUCCAGUCUGUUCCCUAUAACUUGGUAUCCAUAGUGGCUUCUGUCUUCGGUAUUGCUGGCGCAACUUAUCAGAUUUUGCCUCGCACAUCUGGCAAUGGCACAGCUGCCAGAGGAGGAAGAUUUUUCAGAACUCGAGGUCGAGUUAUCAUCAAGUGGUUAGCAGCAGCAGACCUCAUGGCUUCACUAGGCAUAUUGAUACGAUCAGCAUCCUGGUUAGCCGAUGACACUUUUGGUUCAAAGCCAGAUGAUAGUCCUCUUGGCCAGUACCUCUGUAUCAUUACAUCUGGAAUGAUUCACUACUUUUACACAGCAACAUACUGCUGGACAUUUCUCUAUGCAUUAGAUGUUAAGUUGGUUAUGCAAGAGAAGCGAGUUAGUCAUCAACUUUACCACCUUAUCUCAUGGAUGGUACCACUUGCCUUGUGCCUCACAGGACUUCUCAUUCUAUAUCUGCCUGACCUCAAUUGUCAUAGUAAGGCAGUAAAUCCAUAUAUGCGUUUCCUGCCCAACUAUCUCAGUUCGUUUCUUCAAUUGUUGUUGUGAUGAUUGGGAAACCCAAUUCUGUAUUGCAUCUCGUUUUCUGGGGUUGAAAAACAAAUAAUGUCUGCACGAGGAAGGUUUACCCACGCUGAGCGACGGGUAGUGGAUGGUCUUCUGAAGAAAUUUUUCCUCAUUAAUGCAGUGUUUUAUUUGUGCUGGCUGCCAAACAUUGUAAAUGGCAUUGUAUUAUGGACAGCAUUGGAUAACCUUCCCAGGAAUUUUGUUCUUGUAUUUGUUUGGGUAUUUAAUGGCAGUAUUACAUUAUUAUCAAUAAAUUUCUUGAGUCAAACUGCACCUAUAAUCUGA